GGUCCAGCCCCACGACUCUACCCGGCGGAGCUUCCAACUUUACACCCAGCGAGCUGACAUGGAUUAACAGGAGCGGAGGAAGUCAGUUUCAAGUCCAGGCCCCUUCCCUGCCUGCGGUGGCCAGGCGGUGUCAUGGCAUCCCGGCUGCUGGACCGUCUGAAGCGCUCGCUGUUUAAAGAUGGCCAGGGGGCGGGGCCGGAGCCGGAGCAGGAAGAAGGUGGCGGACAGGAAAAGGAGGGGUUUAACGAAGACCAUUGGGAGGCAGAGCUGGAGGAGGAGGAGGAGUGCGUUACUGAUCGGCUCGGAGGGACGCUGUGCUUCGACAGCGGAGGAGGAGGAGGGCUGGAGGAUGGGGCAGAGGGCGAGGGGUCGGGCCUGGACAGCGACUCUGACUUCCUGGGAGAGUCGAUGGAGGAGGGAAUCAGCAGCACAGACAUCAGUCCAGUGGGCGUGUCUCCACUGGGCCCCUCCCCCUCCUCACUGCUGACUCGACAGCUUCAGGAAAGCUGGAGGAGCCUGCGUGGACUCGGAGGAGGAGGUAGUCCCGUCCUCUUCAUUGGACGGCAGAUGGACAACUUGCUGUUUGAGGUGACCGAUGCCAGUGUGGUGCAGGACAGCUCCUCAAAAUAUGUGCUAUACACCAUCCAUGUAAUCCAGUCGGGGGGUAGUGAUAAGACUCCAGCAAUCAUCACCCGACGGUACUCGGACUUUCAGCGGCUUCAUGCCACUUUGCGUCGUAACCAUGGAGAUCAGAUGGAACGUGUCUGUUUCCCACGAAAAAAGCUGCGCAGAAACUUCACAGCGGAGACAAUCGCUAAGCGUAGCCGGGCAUUUGAACAGUACCUGUCUCAUCUGUGUUCCCUGUCCACCCUGAGGGAUGCACUCUGUGUCCGCCAGUUCUUCUACCUAAGUGACCUGCAGACUGGACAGCUGCUCAUCAGGGUGGGACGUUACCAGGAAGCCUUGGGUCCGCUGCUCAACGCCAAGAGACUACAGCACAAACUUGGCUGGGCAAGUUACUAUGACAGCCAGACCCCUCCUCCAGCCUCCCCCCAUUGGUUCUUCACCCUGGUGGGGCUGUCAUGCUGCUUCCAGGAGGUGGACCAGCUGGAGGAGGCUCGGGAUCACUGUGACCACGCCCUCCGUGUUCUGACCCCUGUUGAGACUGAGGAUAAGCCCCUCCCACCCAAUGACAACCCCCUCCCUCUGGAGAAUAAGCCCCUCCCACAGACUGACACAUCACCCUUGCAUCUGCCUAUCGACCGGCCCCACCCACUGCUAUUGCCAUUGCUACGUUCGGUGGUUCGGCUGUCGUGGCAGACAGGAAGAGACAAGCGUCAGUGGGAGGAGCUUAUGCAGCACCUGGAGGAGCAGAGGGCGGGGCUAGACAAUCAUCCAACUGUCAAAGAGUUUUUAGUCAAACACAACCUGCAGGAGACAGAGGGGGAAGGCUAGAACCUUGCCCGCACUGCACAAUGCAAUCACCGUGGUACUACAUGAAUUGUGGUCAGCUGCAGGAAAAACACAUCUGAGAAUUUCAAAAAGUCUAAAUAUUUUGAGAAGGCACAGUCAUAAUGUUGUGAGGAGCAGUCACAAUAUUAUAUUACAAUAAAAUGUGAAUAUUUAUUAAUGGUUUAUUUGAAAGGGACUGAUACAAUAUACCUAGAUAAACUGAAAACAGCUAUCUGAUGAAAGUAAUUUAGUAUUUAUCUAUUAAUGCUAAUUUGUAUAACCAGCCUCUACCAUUUGGUAGUGCUAUCAUAGUUUUAAAAUGUUGUGUAUUUUCAAGAAAGCUUAAAAUAUUUUGAGAAAAAAAGUUGAAACAAUAUCAGUCUU